GCAGCAACACACACACAUUCCGAGACCCGAGUCUCCGACGAGCCGCCGCCGCCGCCGCCGCCCCCGCCACCGUCGCGGUCGCCCGUCGUGCCAGACUCCGGCCGCGACUGCUCACCGCGCUCUCCCAGCUCCAGGCUAGGCGCGCGUGCGCGAUGGCGUCCUCCUCCGCCGCCGCCGCGGAGGCGCCGGGCGGGGGGCUUGGAGCCUUGGACGGAGUCCUGCCCCCGGAGCUGCUGCUCGACGUCCUGCUGCGCCUCGCCGCCAAGCCGAUCUGCCGCCUCCGCGCCGUCUGCCGCUCGUGGCUGGCCUUCACCUCAGACCCGCACUUCGUCGCCGCGCACGCCGCCCGCCACCCUGGACCGCUCCUCGCCGUCGGCGUGCAGGGCUUCCCCAGGCUGUGUGUUGACCUCGUCGACCUGUCCGGCAACGUUGUGAAGCAGAUCCUCCGGGUGGGGAAAGGGAUGGUGGUGGGCGGGAUCUCCGGCGACCGUGCCUUCCUCGCCGGCGAGGACCACAGCGUCCGCGUGCUCGACCCUACCACUGGAUCCAUUUCUUGUUUACCUCACCAUCGCAGCAACAGUGCAGACCCCUCGAUGACUUGUGUAUGGUUUGCAUUUGGGCAGACAGCUUCCACAGGGGAGUACAAGUUAGUCCGGAUUAUGCUGAACAUCAAUGAUUCUCGUCAAGUGGCCGAGGUUAUCACCAUCAGCGACAUGAACGCACAGUGGAGGAAGAUAGCGAACCCGCCAGGCUCCCUUGAUUGGGGCUGCAACAAUGGGGUUGUGUUCAAAGGGGCUGCUUACUUCAUCGUGGAUUACUGUUUUAGUGAUCCCUCCGUCGUAGAGAGAGGCCGCAUGCCUUCCUUCGACCUUGCAACGGAGCAGUGGAGUGUGACUCUCAAAGGCCCGGCGAACAGAAUUCUUGAGGAAUCCAAUGGCACACUCACCUAUCAUGACCUUGCCAAUCAGCUUAUGUUAGCUGGACUUAAAGGCACUUUGUCUAUAGCGCAUUGCAAUGAUCAAUUUUAUGCUGUGGAUAUAUGGUUUCUACUUGAUGCUGAAAAGGGUACAUGGUCCAAAGGUUAUAGGAUCAGUGUUGAUGUUUUUUAUGGGAUUGGAGAUUAUCUGAAAGUCCAACCUUUGCUUGUGACGGAUGAGGGAAAGGUUGUACUUUGGAUGCAGAUGGGAUCAAAAGGGGUUGUGCAGAUUUAUGAUCCAGUAACCGAUACUUCCUUGGAUAUAAUCCAGACGAGUACCUAUACUGGAGCAAGUGUGUACACUGGAAGUUUAUUACAUCCUGGGAGUGUGUGACAAGGUUGGCAGGGCCACAGGGGCGUUGUACAAGGUGCUACGACAAAGCCGAGAACUUUAGGUCUACUGCACUGAUGAUCUUUUGAUUUAAGGUGUAGCUGAUGUCCCUAAAAAUAUGUAAAAUGUUUAGCUGUAUGUGCUGUAACUUUAUCUUGUCUCUGAAUUUCUGAUCGACCACAAUGUUGCGAUGUAUCAUGUGAUCAUAUCAAUUAUUCUGCAGCUAAGUAAUGCUGCAUGCCAUUCA